AUGGCAGGUCCACGUCACACUGCAUAUUUUUGCCCUAAUUGUGGGAUGAACAGCAGUACCAUUGGCAAUUGUCAACAUUGUCGUUCGCAAUUUGUAGAAGAGAUUGAUAUGACUACUACGAGACAACGCGAUAAUACAGAUAGUACAGAUGACAAUAUGCAGUUUCAACCACAAGAACAUCCUUCAAGACUCCCUGCUUUGCCGCAAGAAUUUGAUUUUCAGUCAUUUGCUAAUCAAAUUUUACCACUUUUGUUCAGUUCUCAAACACAAAAUUUCACAACGUUAGAACAGCAGCAACAACAAGGAAUUCACCAGCGUUCUCAAGGGCGUGGUAGCUCAAGAAUUACUCGAUCAACGUCGAGACAAACAGCAAAUGCAGAACAUGCACGAACAGUAGUCGCCGAACAACAACAGGGACUGAAUCGUUUUCUUCCGUUGAUGAAUAUAUUAGCUCAAGCAUUCUCAAAUGACAAUAAUCAGCUCAAUAACGGUGUGCACAUGAGACCUGAUGACACUAUUCGUAUGAAUGGAAUGAAUGCACCAAUAUAUAUGCCUGUGCCUAGCAAUCCAUCAUUCGUCAGUAGAUCUCUACUACCGGGUCAAAAUGUUCAAACCAUAGAAAUUCCCUUACGAAUAUUAUUUUUCGACGACAAUAAUCGAAAUUUAACGCAAAUGUUAACACAGUUAUUUCAAGAAGAAGUGGGUGUCCCACCAAAUAGUCAACGAAAUAUUAAUCAAUUGCCUGAUUACAAAAUUACCGAUGAUCUAGUUAAGCAAAAAGCAUCGUGCGCCAUAUGUCUGGAUGAGUUUGACACGAGUUCCGUUUGCAAACAAAUUCAGAUAUGUCGUCACAUAUUUCACACGACAUGUCUAACAGAAUGGCUUUUGAGGCAUGGUAAUUGUCCCGUUUGUCGGACGACAACAUCUCCGAAUCCACAUUCAGCGCAACAGGAACGCCUAACACAAACCUAUGACCACAGACAUCAUCAUCGUAAGCUAUACUUUAUUAUUCGAUUUUUUUAUGAUUCACACUAUAUUUCAGACCCCGCUCAACGCAACUUACUUAUGCUCACACAAACCAGCGACGAAAAUUUACCCUAUAUGCAAGAAAUUAUUCUUGAACCAUUUCAAGCACUGCAUUCUAACAUAAUACCACCUAAUGAGAGCUCAACACCUCAGACAUUAGAAGCCGUUCCAAACAAAAUGAUAAUCCCACAAGUUAAUAAUCGUUUUUUACGGAAUAUAAUGGCGGCAAACCAACGCCGACCUUCAUCGCCACAAUCUGUUUUGCCAGAUCCUCUAUAUGGUGUCAAUGGUCAGCCUGUCUAUUUACCAGUGUUUAAUCGAUUGCCCUAUUUUAAUUCACAUAUCCAUGCUGAUGCAUCAGUAUUUGUUCGUACUCCAAUAGCGAACGAAAACAUCAUUGUUACCCCUCCGCAAGUUCCUCUUUCUUCAUCAACAAUAACUACAGAAAAUCCCUUUUCUCCAGGAUCAAUACCGUUAGAAGGAUCAGAACACCAGCAACAUGACGAGCAGGCAAAUAUCAGUCUUUCAUCUCAAGAAACUCUUUCCUAUUAUCUACCGAGAUCUAAUGACUUUGGUAGCUAA